GAAGAUUAGAUAAGCACUGGUUCACAUUUGGAUUCGCCAUAAUGCCCCUUGCCACCUAAUUAGAGUAGAAGCUUUUACGGUGUUUCCUGUCUUUUUACAUAAACUCUUCAUCUUCUAUUGGCUCUUGUUCUCCCUAGAAAAGCACUCAGCAUUUAAGGUCAAGUGUGCGUGUGUUUGUUGGGGAGGCAUUUGUUUGAGUUGACGGGAGAAUUUGAAAAGAGGCACAUCAAGUAAUCAAGUCGAAAUAGAAAUGGAUCCUCAAGAGAGUAUUCUCUUUCCUUCUUCAUGUUAUCCUAUUACUUAAAUUUCUUUGUUUUUCCUAUGUACCUUUCUAUUUUUAGAUGAAACUUGCACGAUUAGAAAGAUCCAUGGUCACAGGAUCGAACGAUGCGGAUCAUUAUUCAAGAUGACACUUAUAGAGACGUGAUUAAUUGGAAGUCGUUACCAAAAUCUUUUCUGCCGAAUACUGUAGAAGUUGCCAAAGAUGCUGCGCAUUCAGAAUCCAAAACUUUUCUUCUAAUGGUUGAACCAGAUGACAGUAUAGCUGCAGUUAAAGCCUACAUUCAAGAGGAAAAGGGAAUCCCUUUUAAGAAACAGAAGUUGUUGAAUGAAGAUGGGGGAGUCAUGAGAGAUGCACUGACUCUUCUUUCUGCAGGAAUCAAAAAAGGAUCUACCUUAAUCCUUCGAUAUGCACCAAUAACGCAAAUCAUAGUGACAACGCUUAGUGGUCGCAGGUUUAAGUUAAUGGUUGAGAGUGAUGACACCGUUGCAGAUGUUAAGGCAGCCAUUCAAGAAAAGGAAGGUAUUCGAUUUCAUAAACAAAGGAUAAUAUAUGAUGGACGACAACUCCAAGAUCAUGUGCUUCUUGUCGACUGCGGAGUUCAGUAUAAGAGUGUUCUGAGUGUGGUCUUAACGCUGUGCGGUUGUUGAAUAUGGCACUAUCAGUAAAGAAUGUGGUUGCUUCUUUUUUUGUGUGUGGAAUAAUUGAUCUUUAGUACUCUGUUUUUUCUCUGUUUUGUAUUUGUUCAACAAAUACCAGCAAGUUAAGAGUCAGUUUGUUCUCAAUUUGCAUAAUCUAUGUGAAAAAUCAGUGGUUAUUAUUGUGAUUUUGACAUUCUGGCCGGUGCUCGGUUGGUUUUGAUCUAUUAAUACUAUGAUCCAUUUUUGAUGCUUUUUA